GCAGUGUUACAAUUCUAACAAAUUUGGACACGUGGCAAGUGUUUGUCGAAGUAAUAAAUACUGUAUGUAGCAGUUGAAGAGUCCGAUGAAGCAUGUUGUUAUUGUGAUGGGAAUCACUUUCCGGAUGUGCCAAUGAGAUUGCAGUAGCUAGGAUCAGGGCUAUCCAGCAGGUCGCCUAUGUGGAGGCGGUGAAAAUAGCUGAAGGAGUGAGUAGAGAUGAAAUGGUAGUGGAUGGCCCACAGUCUGCAGUGAAUGCCAUGCAGGAGACGGAUCCCGACACACUAACAGUGAAGAAGGUGGACUUAGUUGCGUUUUAUAGCGCAAGUGAUAAAUUGCACUAGUCAAAUGAAUACACAAAUCUAAGUUAUACAUCAUUGUGAAGGCGGCAAAUAUAUUUCUGGAUCUCCAGGACUAUACAGCCGAAAUGUUACAGAUGACCUUCCAUGCCAUGGUACUGACAGACAUCUGACAGAAGGUGCAGCCUGGCAUGAGGAUGACUGAGGAUGGGGAGGACAGCAGCCCCUCUCAGCCUGAUGGAGUGUUACCUCGUGGAGCUCCUGGUGGGAAGGAUCCAGGAGUUAGCAGUGACAAGAGGCCAGUGAACCCCUCUACAGAGGACAACAAUCCCACCAAGCUCAUCGACACCCUGCAAUUCCCUCAGGAUGUACAAGACCAAAGCAACAAGACCAGUCUCUACCAGCCACGACCGCCCCUGCUGCCCAAGCCUCCUGCACUGUCGAAGGGAGGGAAGAGCGGUUCGAUGGAGGAGGUGAGAAGCAGAAGACUUAAGCACAGCCAGGAGAGUCUGACUGACCCAGCUGAGACUGGUUCCUCCACAGACUCUCUUAAGGAGGACUCGACAGUUACAGGUGUGUUCACCUUGAGCGGUGCUGCCACCUUAAGGAACGGACAGGGCUCCAUCGUUGGACCCCUCUUAACUCCUACAGGGUCUCCUGUCUUCAGAGCCAGGGGCCAGAGCCUCUCCGAGUAUGAGAGGAGGCCCCACGACCACCACGGUGACCCAGCGGAGCAGCGGGGGAGGCCCUUUAAGGUACGCCUCUCUCCCUUACAGCCAUCGGGUCCACUUCCUGCUCUGGAGCAGACCUUGGCGUCGGAGUCCUUAAGGACGGCUAAUCGGAUUGACAGGGAUUGCGUGGAUUAUGGCAUUGUGCCGGGGAGAGCUGGGCCUGAGAGGCUGCACCUGCACAGGAACUUGAGCGACAGCCGGCUUCUGGAUAACAUGGUGUUGGACAACACCUCUGUCAACUCCAUGAAGUCCACCUUCAGCGUGUUGAACCCCAUCAGACCCAGGGACGUCAGGAACAGGAGUUUUCUGGAGGGCAGCGUGCUGGGCAGUGGUGCCCUUCUGGGCGCUGAGGAGCUGGACCGCUAUUUCCCAGAGAGGAGAGUUGGCAUCUACAUAGCCACAUGGAACAUGCAUGGAGAGAAGGGACUUCCAAACAACCUAGAUGAUCUGUUGCUCCCGACAGACUCUGAAUUUGCACAAGACUUUUACAUCAUCGGAGUCCAGGAGGGAUGUCCAGACCGGUAUAGGACGACUGUGAGGGAAUGGGAGAUCCGUCUUCAGGAGACUCUGGGGCCGUACUACGUCAUGCUCUACGCAGCCUCCCACGGGGUUCUCUACCUCACUGUGUUCGUCAGGAGGGACCUCAUUUGGUUCUGCUCAGAAGUGGAGCAUGCCACGGUCACAACACGCAUCAUGUCUCAGAUUAAAACCAAAGGAGCCGUGGGGAUCGGCUUCACCUUCUUUGGCACUUCCUUCCUCUUCAUCACCUCCCAUUUUACCUCUGGAGAUUCCAGAGUGUACGAGAGGAUUCUGGACUACAACAAGAUCGUUGAAGCGCUUGCUCUGCCUAAAGUUCUUCCAGACACCAACCCUUACCGCUCCACAUCCUCGGAUGUGACAACACGGUUUGAUGAGGUUUUUUGGUUUGGGGACUUUAACUUCCGCCUGAGUAAAGACCGUGUGGAGGUAGAGGCCCUUCUAAACCAGAACCAGGGUGUGGACAUGGGUCCUCUUCUCCACCAUGACCAACUCUCCAAGGAAAUGAAGGAUGGUUCCAUCUUUAAAGGCUUCCAGGAAGCAGUGAUUCAGUUCCUCCCCACCUACAAAUUUGACGUUGGCUGUGACGUGUAUGACACCACCUCUAAGCAGAGAACUCCCUCAUACACAGACAGAAUACUGUUCAGGAACAGGCAGGUGGGUGACAUCAAAGUGAUAAAGUACACCAGCUGUUCAAUGAUCAAGACGUCAGACCACCGGCCUGUCAUCGGCAUGUUCCAGGUCAAACUCCGUCCUGGAAGAGACAAUAUUCCUCUGGGAGCGGGCCAGUUUGACAGGAGUCUGUACCUGGAGGGCAUCAGGAGGAGGAUCACCAGAGAGCUGAAGAAGAGGGAAGCCACAAAGGACCAGGGCAGCAGCACUAUCUGCUCCAUCUCCUGAACCUGGACCAGAAUCAAUCUGACCCAGCCAUGAGGGACCAAAGGGAACCAGUCUUGUUUCCACUUCCAGCCCAGUCUGUGGGAGAAUCUGUUGGUUUUGUCCGAGGCCUUUCAUCCUCGCCUGCUUUUGAAAAAAGGUCAAAGGUAAUCGAGGAGAGGAAACGUAGAAACAAAUGUGCUUGUAUGAAAUGACUUUCGUUCUCCACUUGUGUGUCAUCAGGCAAAUUAUGUUGACGGGUAGAAUCCCCAAAUAAAUGUGUAAAUAGAUACACAUUUAGCUAGUUGUGCGAGACAUUUUCAAGAUAAAAGUAGCGUAUAGUUUUUAAAUGUGUGCAUACUUUUCUCCUUUGAGAAAACAACAGCUGAUUCAAAAGGGGUGUGGUGGAUAUUAAAACACUAGCCCAGGAUACUAUUGUGUAACCUCUGCUGAAGUAAGUAAUGAGCAGACUCCUCCGUUCGCCUACUAACGAAUUGACACUCUCCUCGACCACUUAUCGCUUUCUGGGUCAGGGAGGAGAGGACGGACUUUUGCCCAAUUGAGAAUCUCCCUGUGAGUCAUGGAAGUCACGUAGGCUGAUCCAUGAGCGCCCCCUACUGAGAGGCUGUUGGAACUGUCACUCAUGUGGUUUGGGGGGGGCUGACGGGCUGUUCUCGAAGGCAGGGACCUUGAGUUCAGACAGACUCCAGUCUGCAGACUCGGCAGUAAACUGGUCUAUUUAUACAGACCUAUAAACAAGACUGAACUGGGGAACCUGACAUUGAAGAUAGAAAGGUAAUCAGUCACCCGUGUGUGCUGGUUGGCUGAUGUUGCUCUGAGCAUACUGUACUUAAUACGUUCUUUUUUUUUGUUUUAUUUUGUACAUUUAUUUAACAAGCCAGGUUGAUAUGGUCCAUAUGUAAUGUCACUUUUUACUUGGUGUAACCUGUAUUCAAAGGCCUUGUCAAUGCAUUUUCAUCAAACAGCUCUUAAGCAGUAUAAAGCACUUUCUCUGAUACACCAAACUUUUGGGGUGUUCUUGGAUUUCCUCCAGUAAAGAAACAACUGACCCAUGAUUUCACAGAAAUUGACUUAUCCCUAUCAAAUUUAAGGGGAAUUUCAGUUGAUUGAUGUUGCUUGAUGAACAUACAUUUCUUGCAAGUAUGGUGCUUAUUGAAUUAAGGCAUGGUGGCUUUUCUGGCAUUGUAUAAAAAACAUGUGAUUGAUAUUUGUGAAAUAUCUUGCUUAUUAACAUAUUGUUUAAUAUCUCGCAUAAUGGCUACAGAACCAUCCUUUGCAAUGGUGAUGUGGAUCGUGUUGGAGCGGUUGAACUCUGGUUCAUUGCCUUAAUGUCAUCUGUCGUAACUAAAUUAAAUACACUCAUGUAACUUAAUCCCCCAAAAAUUACUUUCCAUGUACUGUAUUGUGCUAACGAGGGGAAGAGGAUUCAUUGCAUGGAGAUCAAUGGUUCUGGUGUAAUGGUGAAUCAUGAGUUGUCAUUCACUUUAACGCUCAGGGCAAGUGCCUGUGAUCUUGUUUGUGAUUUUUCUCAGGACUCCAUAUCUGUGGGUCUUUAAUAACAUGAUUUGUGAUGUAACAUCACAUAAGCUGUUUGGAAUGUUAUUUCUGUUUUAUUUUUGAGAUUGUGAAACAAAUGUUUUCUUCUGUCAUCUGAAGUGGACAUUAAAUAUCCCUCAAAGAAGGGUGGUAUAAUUGCUUUAUAAA